AUGGAGAGAAAACAUAUGUCCUUGCCUCCAUCCAUCUCCAUACCAGAAAUGGAACCCAAUGGCACCUUCAGCAGUAAUGACAGCAACGGGAACUGUACAAUUGAGAACUUCAAAAGGGAUUUUUACCCCUCUGUGUACCUGAUAAUAUUUGUCUGGGGAACCUUGGGAAAUGGCUUUUCCAUCUAUGUUUUCCUGCAGUCUUAUAAGAAGUCCACGUCUGUGAAUGUUUUCAUGCUAAACCUGGCCAUUUCAGAUUUCUUAUUCACAAGUACACUACCCUUCAGAGCUGACUAUUACCUCAGAGGUUCCAGUUGGAUAUUUGGGGACCUGGCCUGCAGGAUUAUGUCUUAUUCUAUGUAUGUCAACAUGUACAGCAGCAUUUAUUUCCUGACUGUGCUGAGCAUCGUGCGUUUCCUGGCAACUGUUCACCCCUUCCGGCUCCUCCAUGUCACCAGCAUCAGGAGUGCCUGGACUCUGUGUGGGAUCAUAUGGAUCCUUAUCAUGGCUUCCUCGGUAGUGCUUCUGAAAAAUGGCUCUGAGCAGAAGGGCAGUGCCAUAUUAUGCUUAGAGUUGAAUAUCAGUAAAAUUGUUAAACUGCAGACCAUGAACUACAUUGCCUUGGUGAUGGGCUUCCUGCUGCCAUUCUUCAUGCUCAGCAUUUGUUACCUGCUGAUCAUUCGAGCUCUGUUAAAGGUGGAGGUCCCAGAAUCGGGUCUGCGGGUUUCUCACAAGAAGGCACUUAUCACCAUCAUCAUUGCCUUGAUCAUCUUCCUCCUGUGUUUCCUGCCCUAUCACGUACUGAGGACCCUGCACCUGCUUGUGUGGAAAGUGAAUAAAUGCCAAGACAAGCUGCAUAAAGCUGUGGUCAUCACACUGGCCUUGGCAGCAGCCAAUAGCUGCCUUAAUCCUUUGCUCUAUUACUUUGCUGCAGAAAAUUUUAAGGACAGACUAAGGUCCAUACUUCUAAAAGAUCACCUACAGAAGAAAAAGUGCAGCAUUCCUGUCUGCAUGUGGUUGAAAAAGGAAACCCAAGUUUAA